UAGGCAAUCUGAGCCGUCCACACUCUACUGAUCCAACGUCUCCUCACCUCGCCUACGGGUGCGAUGACGAGGAGGACAAGGGGAUCUCCUGGCGAAGCUCGGUGUCGGCGGCGGGGAGGCGCCCGGGGAUGCAAUGGAGCCGGCGGUGCGCGUGGAGCUGGAAGGGCUCGGUGAGGACAACUGCCGGGAGGGGUUGUGCAGGCGACCGUCGCCCCAUCCCCUCCGUCCUCUCCUCGAGGCCCAGUUCGAACGGGAGGCCAUGGCGGGCCCAGAUUCGUGGUGGAUCUGGAGGACAAGACCUCGAUCCGGAGGCAUUUGUCAGCGACGUCGCCGUCCCGGCCGCCACCCCGCGGGUGGGAUCCGCCGGCCCCAAAUCCGCGUCAGCGGUGAGGAGCGUGCGUGUGGCCAGAUCGGGCGUGGGCGCGCGUCCCGAAGGGAGGCUGGUGGCGUCCGCUGCCGUUGCAGAUGCGUGCUCUGUUCUGUUCUAAGAACUUCUCCUUCGUAAUUUUGUUGCUUGUGGGCAUCUAUUGGUGAACCUAAUUGUUCGCUUAAUCUUGCAUGUGUUUUCAUGUGUGCAGACCAAGGCUGAUGCGCCAGCAAGCGAGGCGGCAUCCAAGUCUGAAGGACUUAAAAUUGUGGUGGUUCCUCUUUUAUACAGAAUCUCGUGUGAAGUCGUUAUGUGUGGAGCAAGUGUGAAGCCGCGAAGUGUGAAGCCUCAUGAAGUCUUGAAGUCGUUAUGUGUGGAGCAAGUGUGAAGCCGUGAAGUGUGAAGCCUCAUGAAGUCCUACUGAGCAUAUUGUAGCAUAUCUGUAUUGUAAAGAUUGUAAUAGAUUUAUUUAGUGGUAUAUUUAAUGUAUCUUAUGUGUUAUUUGUUCCAUUUGAAAUAUUAAUCAUGUAUGUGAUUUGAAAACUUGUGAAAUUGAAACAUGACCAGUGGGCCCACUUUAUGAAAAUAAUCUAUCAAAUUUGUAAA